UUACUGACAUAUGUCAACCAUCGUAUCCAAUGGAUGAUGAAAAUAUAAAUAUUACUAAUGAAUUUAUUAUUCUUGAUGUAUCAAAAACAUUUAAUACUGAUAAACCAUCAUGGGAAGUUAAUAAUAAUGGUAGUGAUACUAAUCCAAAAUUAUUUAAUCAUGGAAUAACUUCUGAUGGAAACAAUUCGAUGAUACUUUUUGGGGGUAUUACUGAUAAUACUUAUAAUUCAGAUGAUUCAGAUGAUUCAGAUGAUUCGAUAUUAUGGUAUUGUCAUACCAAUAGCAUCUUAGAAUUUCAAUCAUCUAAUGUAAAUAAAGAAAAAAUUUCAAGCAGAUGUUUAUUUG